UUUUUUUAAACGGUACAAUUUAACCAUCAAACCCUUUUGAACAAUUUUAUCAUGAUAUGUAAUGAGAAUUCUCUUGUUAUGGACAUUGGCCUACUGGCUAACGUGUCUAGAGAACUCAAAGACCGAAUAUGUGCAGACACUUUUCAAAAGCUCCAAAAACGAACCAACCGAGAGCUGUUCACUGUCGAUUGUGAAGUGGACAGAGUCCUUAGAAAUGAAUCUUACAUAAGAUCAAGACUAUAUUCUGCGAUUGAUGCCUGUCAACUGGAUUACAAACGAAGUAUGAAGAUCAGAAACAUUCUGUGGAAUAAGAAGUUAUUAUCCUCCUUAAAUCAGAAAACACAAAAGCCUCUAGAUGAAAGUUUUAGACUCCGAAAGACGAAGUCAAAGCCCACAUAUGACAGUUUUUGUAAUAGUCAACAUAUGCAGAACUAUCCGUCGAAUACGGUUGUUCAGUCGGCUUCACCAAGUCUAACAUCAGACCAACAACUUACAGUGAACAUGAAAAGUGGUCAAAAAUUAAAUACUUCCCGAGAUUUCAAACUAGAGAAAAACGAAAUUUUUCUGAGUAAUUAUAAUACAAGAGCAAGGAAAUUUUUUAACCCAGUGGCGUCCUGAAUCUGAUCCGUUGAGCUGGAGGGACAUACAAUUUACAACUAUUGAUAGUGAAGCCAGAGGAAAGAGCAGGAACCGAUUAUGUGGAGCAUUUAACGCAACAUCGUUCCAGCUAAUCUAUGCACAAUAAACUUGGUCUUAAUAAAUAACUUUCACAGUGAAACAUGCUUUCUGUUUUAAACGUUAUGAAGCAAAACCCGUUUAUUCUACGAAAGACUGUACCUCGGAAAGAAAUAAUGAAGAAUUAGGCAAAUAUAUGUUUCAGCGACGCGUCAUCUAACCACAUAAAAGAAUUAUACAAAAUGGAUAAUCAUGGUAUUUUAAAAAGCUAGAAAGUAUACUUGAAACCGCAUACACAUUUAUUUUGUGAGAGUAUGGUUCAGCACGUAAAAUUCACAGCUACUAUACUUGAUCUAGUCCUCAUAUCAUUCUUGUUUAACUUCCAGUUAUCUGACAAUUCCAUUUGCAGUUUCCUAAUUAUAGUAACUUAACUCGACGUUUCUAGUUGCUUUUCACACUAUUUUUAAUAAACGAACGUUGUUAGCAUACAUGUUAUAGAGUUUAAUGUUAAAAACUAUACGAAUUCACAAUUUUUAAAAAUUUAUGAAUGAACUCUGCCAAGAGAUGUUUUCACUCAACCAAUCUGUCUUGUUAUGUGUUUCAACAAGCAUUUUCUUUUUUUAUCUUGCUAUAAAUUAUUAAUUGUCAGGUGGUGGGAUUAUAAUGUAGAAGGUUGGCUAUUGAAAUUUGAACACAAAUCACACGUAAUCACUAUUUUAAAGCUUUGUAACCACUUAUAACGUUUUAUGAAAUCGGAAAGAUUUGACGUAAUCAAUAUAUAAUUAAUCAAUUUACUUGUUUAACUUUUGGUGUAGGGAUAUCGUUAAAAGUAAACUUAACUAGUAACCUAUAUAAUUUCUUAUAAACAAAGGAAGAGAUUUCAUAAAAGUCAAAGAUACUCCUGUUUAUUUUUCUAUUUAUAUUAUCUCAAUAAUAACAACUCUCUUCAAAGCUUGGACAAAGAAAAGUGGACUGAUAGAAAAUAAUUGUGGAGUUUGUAGUAUUUCCAUGAUUGUCGAAUUCACGAACUCAUCUGUAAUAAACUACUACUGAAAACAUGGAAGAAAUUGGCAGCCAUUCAUCCGAGUGUGGGCGUCCUCAGCAGUGUACAUCCAUGCUCCAAUACUUGGGACUCGAAUUCAGGACCUUCGGUCUCUCACGCCUUCCAGUUUUGGCCCAGCUCAGUUGGCGUUUUCAACGGCGAAAAAACUAUCCUUAUGUUGCAGGAAUUAGUGAGCAGUAACACUUGUUUGAUAGACGUAUAUAGUUUCUAAUUAAUUUGGUAUGCUAAUUGAAAGUUUGUAAAUUUCUAUUUUGGUUGCAUUAUUUAUUUCUUGAAAAUACUAAAUUUUGUUGCAUGCACGCUAACAUGUGACUUUGUUUUGAUUAAAACGAGAAAGAUCAGUAAACAUAAAAUGAAUCAGGUUAGGAGUUGUGUAUAUUACAUUUAUCACACUUUUUUGUGAGAAAACUUAGCUAAUAUCUAUAUAGGUAGUUGUAGACUAUGUGAUUGAAGUCAGAGUGAUUUUCCUGACCAACGGUUAGAAACCCAAUGAUAUGAUAGACGGUCUCAUUUUAUGUAAAUCCUAACGAAGCAUAUUGUUAAAGGGAUGUGCUAGUGACAUUAAAUCGCUAAAUACAACAUAAUAGAGAGGAACCAAUCUUAAGAUAAUUUUCGUUCACUUGAUUUUUAGUACACUUUUAUGUUCAGUAACUAAUACAGUGUAAGUUCUAUUCAUUUGACAUUUAAUGCUCUUUUAUUUGUACUGAUUAAUUCAAUACAAAUUUCAUUCAUUUUAACUUUCAAUGUACUUUGAUCGUAUUAAUUGUUUCAUUGUGAUUUUUCAUACAAAAG